AUGGAACAGUCAAGCACAGACCAAGCUGGAGGCCACGCAGGGGUCAUGAUCUUUGAAGGUGACAAGCUUUUGAAGAGGUGCAAGGAAAGCGAAAUUAACUUCUACAGAUGGCUUUACAGUCCUGAGCAUGAUGACCCGAUGAUUAUGGAACUGAGACAGAUGGCUCCUAGAUUUUAUGGGACUCAAGAAAGGGAAGGAGGGACUUAUGUAGUUCUUGAAAAUUUAUUAUUAGGCUAUGAACACGCAAGCUUCAUGGACUGCAAAAUUGGAAAAAAAUUAAUUUAAUUAGCUUAAUUUAAACCGACUCUAUUGGGACUCUGGAUACACAAGACCGAAAGGUCUAUUUCUAUCGGUUUGUCGCUACUUCUUAUUGCACGUUCGGAUUUCGGCAGAGAUUGCUCCUUCUAGCUCUCUUGAAGGAUUUGAAGCCCAGAAGUCCUGAGACCGUCAGGGGCUUGGUGCUUUGCCUCGCUCUAUCUGAUAUCCUCUAGCGCUGUUCUGCCUAAGGAUCCUGUCUUUUAUAUCAGCAGGAGAAAGAGGUAAAACAAGCUACACAAGGCUGGCGAGAUAAAAGUCCUAGUCAUUUUUCGCCACCUUUAAGCAGAAGUCCGCGCGUAAAAGCAUAACUCUAGAAUAAUAAAAGUUGGGUAUUUGCGGAGCGAAUUACCCUCAUCCGAAGCCAUUUUUUUUUAUAAAUUAGAAAAAUCACUUGGACCCCUCAUCAUUCAGAAAAAACUAUCAGAAACCAGCAAAUAAAAAAUCAAAGCACCACGACUGGGACUCUUGGGUAUAGAAUUACAGGACUUAUCGUAAAAGAUGAGCAUGGAAAUAAGGUAGAGACUCUCGUUAAAGCUUUUAAUGAAAUUAAUGAAGAAAAUAUUCAUCAGCAAUUCGCAAAAAUUGUAACGAGGGAUGGAGCAGUGCAAAGAGAUCUUAUAGAUGAGCUAAUUGGAGGGACUGCCAGAAUUCUGAAUUGGUUUAGAAGCAAUAGGAGCAAGCAUUUUAGGUGCACUUCAGCCUUUUAUGUUGUUGGAAAAAAUGGGAAAUGCCAAGUAAGAUACAUUGAUUUUGCACAUAUAAUUGAUGGAAACGGAGAACUUGACAAUAAUGUGAUAGAGGGGUUAGAAAAUAUUAUUGCUACUUGGCAAAGAGUCAGAAGAGAGCAUUGCUCUUAA